GGUUAAUGAGGAUGUCGUAAUGGUGUGGCGUUGGUGAGGCUAUAAAAGCGACGCUACGCCGAGAGAGAAACGUGAGGCGUCCGUGAAGCCCGUGUACUACUCACCAAUGGUGCCGCCGCCGACGAUGAUGACACGGAAGGGGCCAUGGACGGAGCAGGAGGACCUCCAACUGGUAUGGUUCGUCCGCCUGCUCGGUGAACGUCGUUGGGAUUUCUUAGCCAAGGUGUCAGGUCUUAACAGGUCGGGCAAGAGUUGCAGGCUACGAUGGGUUAACUACCUUCAUCCCGGCCUCAAGCGCGGCCGCAUGACGCCCCAGGAAGAAGACCUUGUGGUCGAACUCCAUGCUAAAUGGGGCAACAGGUUUGAUCGUAGGUGGUCUCGCAUUGCUCGGCGGCUGCCAGGGCGCACCGACAACGAGAUCAAGAACUACUGGAGGACACACAUGAGGAAGAAGGCACAGGAGCGGAGGACGUGCUCGUCGCCCUCGCCAUCUUCAUCAUCUUCGAGUAACGGACCUCCAUCGGAACUUAGAGUGGAAAAGCACGACGGCGACAGCGUUGCAGAGGGCAGCGCUUUCACCUCGGGGCUCGAAUUGACCGAUGAUGAAGUCAAGGGGUACACGAUGGACCAGAUCUGGAACGAGAUCGCCGCAUCGGAAUCGUGCAACAUGGAGUGCCCUCCGACGAGUUCUUCCAUAUGGGAAGACAAGUCCGAAUCACUCUGGAGAUUAGAUGAAGACCUGAGGAUUUCGAACCCACCCCGUGUCUGAUCUCUUGUUAUAACUGCGAGAUGCCUUAUGGGCGAGACCUGUAAAUUUAAGUACGAUCAUGCAUCCACCAAGUGCUUGUUAUAAUA